GACAUUGACCAGCUUCCUUUCUUUCACUCGUUAACGUCAAAGAACAAAAAUCUUUUUGUUUUAUUCGUUUUACUAAACUUGACCUUUACACAUGAAUCAUGUAAUUAUAUAUUUUAUACAAUUCCCUGGUUUUUUCCUUUACUCUUGUAUGCAACCUUUAUGUUAAAAAAGUGUAAAUAACUGGAGGUUAGAAUUUGUACGUUAUGAAGAAACUUAUGUUUUCGGCAACUUUUUGAAAUUUGUUGAAAUGGAUUAUGUUAAAAGAGAAGACAAUAAUUUAUUAGAAGAUGAAAACUAUAAGAUUUAUAUGGAGAACUUACAAAAAUCACACCAAAUCGACACAACGGAAUAUCAUCACAAUGCAAUUACGAUGGAACAAUUACAACUGGCAAUGCAAUCGUCCCUUAACUCGGGCUCAAUGGUUCACAACUUUCAACUGCCCAUAUCCCCUCGACAAAUGUCAACGUUAAUGCUUAAAACUAAUCACCUAACCCGUUCUUUAAAUUUCAACGAGAUACCAGCACAUUUACCCAAGAAUCUUAGCGAAUUGGAUCUAAUCAACGAACAGUUGAGACACGAGGAAUUGAUGAACCAGAGCUUGAAUAAGAAUAUAGAUUUAGGGCGCCCGUUGAAUGAUUUAGAAGUGCAGAACAGCAUACACUUACAACACGUUCACGACGAGAUUAAUCGUAAUUUAACAGCCGAUUUGAGUCAUAAUUUAAGAAGUGAUGUAGCGCAUGGUUUGAACGAUAUAGAAUUAAAUUUAAAUAGACAAUUAGAUAGUGAUGUUUUAAUUAAUCAAGAAGAGUUACGGAGAAGUCCAAUACAAUACGUCGAGACACACGUGUUGAAGCAGCAUUUGUCGCAAAGGUUGGAACAGAACUUGACCAGGGUGGACCAGCAUGCGCUAGAUAGGUUGGACUAUUCGGUCAAUCAGAAGAUUGAUCAAAUAUUGGCCCAAAGGUUCGAGCAAAGCCUGAGCCAACGGCUGGACCAACGACUGGUGAACUCGACGCUCGGUGAGCAGAGGAUGACGGAGCAAGCGGAGGCCAUGUUUCCAAUGCCAUUCUACAUCAAACCUGAACAGGAUGAUGAUGCGUAUGUGUUCUAUGAUAAUAUGAAUCAAGGAGUCAAUGUGAAUGCAAUAAAUGGUGAACUACCUCAAGGGGAGCCGUCCCAGCUAAGCACAACCAAUAUCCAUCCAGAGCAUUUAUAUUCAGUCUACAACAACCAUUUACCAAUACAGGCCUUAAACUCUUUAGAAUUGUACCAUAGACAACCGAAUUAUGUACAAAAUUACGCAGCUAGUGAUGUAGUUAGAGAGAACCCACAGAAUUUAGUCGUUAAUAGACAAUACGAAAACUCUAGUCCAUACGCGGAGGAAUUAAAAAAAAUACAAGAGGGCGGGAAAAUUGAAAUGUCAAAACACGAAGAGCCAAAGGAGAACCAGAAACCGAACGAUCAAAACAAAAUAUUCAAUUAUCAAUUCUAUGAGAAGAGCGAGAAUGAUUCCAGCGUGAAUAAUAAAAUAAACGAUGAUCCCGCGAUGAAUAUAAAAGGGGAGUACAGCUGUUUCAAGUGUAAAGAGAUAUUUCCCUCGAAGCGUGUGCUCAAACAGCACACGAAGUCAUGUGAAAACGGUGUGAGUGUUAGUGAUUUGGAGAAACUGGGCAAGUUCAGUUGUUCACAGUGCGCGUACAGGUGCCAGUCGCCGGCGAUACUCAAAAUACACGAACGCACGCACUCCGGCGAGAAGCCGUACGCCUGCACCUUCUGCGACUACAAGUCCGGCCAAAAGAACAACGUCGCGAAACACAUACUAGUGCAUAUGAAACAGAAACCGUUCCGUUGCCAGUUCUGCGAGUAUCGGUGUGCGCAAAAGAACAACCUGGUGGUCCACGAACGUACGCAUACCGGUUACAAACCGUUCGCGUGCCCGUUCUGCGACUAUCGGACUGUGCAGAAGCCAAACCUAGUGAAACACAUGUACCUGCAUACCGAUCAGAAACCGUUCAGUUGCGAUAUGUGCAGUUAUCGCUGUGUCCAGAAGACGAACCUGACCAAGCACAAGCAGAGGCACCUCAACGAGAAGGACGGGGAGAAGAUCGAUCUCAAGAGCCAGAGCAAACCGUACAGGCCGAGGCAGAAGUCGGUCACGUGUCCGUACUGUCCGUACAAGUGUGUGCAAAAGUCCAGUUUGGAGAAACACGUUCAGUUCAAACAUACAGACGUGAGUAAGUGCGAUUAUAGUGAAGUGACGGAAGGCAGCGAAGAAAUAUGUGAUACAAUACAGAAUUUAAGUGUUAAGAAGGAUUCUCAGAGUGACUGCGUGGAUAAGAGUGAAGUGUCAGUACAAGCGUAGCUUUAUUUGUAAAUAGGUUGCUUGCUUUUGUUUUUAUUUGUUUCGUUGGGCUUUUGAUGAACUAGACGGAUGUUUAGUGCAAGUGAUUUAUGUCUUUUUAUCACAAUUAAAGAUGGCCAACCAAC